GACCCUCCAGCUGUUCACGGUUCCCCACAUUGCACACAAUCCGAAACUCACGGAUCAUCAAGAACGUACCGCAAGGCUUCAUUGCGCUUUCUCCGUCACAACCCAUACGGUUACUCUAGUGUCAAGCGUUUCUCCGCACUUUCCGUCAUGAAUCCACGGAUUGAAGAAGUCUCAGAGUCGGACAGCGAACCAUCAGAAGUUGACAUCUCGGAAGUGCCCUCCCUUAUCCGCGCGUCCGACAUUCCCGCCUCCGCACAAGUACCCCAGCACCUUCUGCAACCUCAAUCACAUGCGGUACGGGCCUCGCCCAAUCGAGAAAGGUCGAAACACUACCAAUGUCUCUAUCCUGUAUACUUCGACCGGUCCCGUACACGUGCCGAAGGGCGUAGGGUUGGGCAAGCGUUGGCUGUAGACAACCCGCUCGCACGAGAGAUGGCUGAUGCCGCUGCCAGCUUGGGUCUGGAAACCGCCCUUGAACCGGAUAAGGUGCACCCGAAGGAUUGGAGCAAUCCAGGCCGUAUACGCGUUUUGUUGAAGCAGAAUGGCAAGCUGAUGCAUCGAGACAUCUCGAAUAAGCAUCACCUCUACAUUCUCAUGGCGCAGUACCUCAAGAAGCACCCUACAAACAAAGAUACACCACUCAAACUGCGGAUAGCCGGGCUUCCUCUCCCGAAGGAUUCGUUACCAGUGCCCGCUGUUCCAAAAGGAUGGAAGAUGAAUUCGAUCUUACCGCUUCAUUCGCCCGCUCUUUCAGGUGGUGGCGUUCAGGAGAACUUCUUGCAAGAAAUGAUGGCCGAGAUGCAAGGCGAGGCGGGAGCAGGCGGGAGUGGCUCGGGGAGCGGCGCCGACAACAAGAAGAGGAAGGAAAAGAAGAAGAAAUAAACAGGUGCGGAUGGUUUACCCCGAUUCCCCGCAAAGCGAGCUAUUUGUCACCGCUGGCUCAGCAUCCGUCUCCCCGUCGAUGGCGUGUAUAGCCCUGCUUAGAUCGACGGUCGCGAGGUAGCGGCGGGCCUUCCGCAAUCCAACCAUAUGCAGCGUAUAUAACA